AUGGUACUAGCCAAAAUGAACACCUUUGCCCUGAAAAUUUGCCGUAGAAUCAGUCAAACCUUCAAAGAACCUUUAAAGAAGGAACCACGGAGAAAGUCGAAAGAUAGAAUGGAAGGGGAAGCACCCGCCGUUCUUAACCUGUGUGCAAAUGAAUUUCCUGCCGUCGAAGGUGGUGAUCCAAUUCGCAUGAAUGUAAUCACGUGGACGUCCAUUGAGAAUAACACGCGUCGUGUCCAGACACCGAACGUCGGUAUACCUGAGAAGACUGGUCUGUGA